AUGAUAACGUUCAAGCUCGGGGACAAGCGCGACCCAAGGCAGUGGCCCGCUUACAAAAAGUGGCGCAUUCUCCUCGUCACUCUAAUGCUGCAGCUGUGGGCCAAUGCGAUCUCGGCCAUGUACGAGCCGGGCGUGGAGGGAGUCGCGCACGAGUUUGGCGUCUCCGAGACGGUCGCACGCCUUCCGCAAGCCGUCUUCCUGUACGGCUUUGCCGCCGGCCCAGUCUUUGCGGCGCCGCUGUCGGAGGACUACGGGCGCCUGCCCGUGCACGUCGCAAGUGUCGGGAUGAUGGGCCUGAUGCAGAUCCCGUGCGCGCUGGCGCCGAACAUGGCUGCGCUGAUCGUGUCGCGCUUCUUUGCGGGCGCGUUUGCCGCGGCAACGUUCAACUCGGUCGGGAUGGUGUCGGACAUGUGGACACCCGACGAGCAGGGCUGGGGCGUCAAUGCGUUUGCGCUCUUUGCUGAGCUCGGCGCGACGACAGCCGCAACGUGGUCAGGGUACCUGUACCUCGCCCUCGGCUGGCGCUGGAUCUUUGGCGUCUGCGGCCUCGGAACGGCGCUGCUACUCGCACUGUUCGUGCUGACAGUGCCCGAGACGCGCGCGGGUGUGCUGCUCGAACGCCGCGCGAGGCGCCUGCGACUGCGCACCGGCGACGCGCGCUGGUACAGCGCGCACGAGCGCGUGCGCUCGUCGCGCACGCCAGCGUCCUGGGCGCGCGAGGUGCUCAUCCGCCCGCUGUUCAUGCUCUUCACCGAGCCGAUCGUCUGGUCGUUUGCGUUGUUCGACGGGUACAACUACGCCAUCAUCUACCUCGCCCUCGAGGCUAUCCCGCUCGUCUACGCCGAGCACGGCUUCAGCAUCGGGCAGCAGGGACUUCCGUUCAUCGCCCUCUCUCUCGGCUUCCUUCUCGCCUUUGUCGCCUUCCCCAUCCAGCAGGCGCUCUAUCGCCGCGCGGGGCGCAAGAACCCCACAGGUGAAGCACCACCCGAGGCCCACCUCCUUUGGGGCCUCUUCGCUUCUGCCUUCUUCCCCGCCAGCUUGUUCUGGUUCGCAUGGACGUCGCAGGCUUCGGUGCAUUGGAUCGUCAGCAUGCUAGCGCUUGUCGUAUUUGCCACCACGUCGCACAUCAUCUUCUUGAUCGUCUCCGAGUUCACGGUCAAGUCAUACUCACUGUACAGCAGCAGCGCGGUCGCUGCGCAGUCGUUCGUACGCGAGAUUCUCUCGGGGAGUGUCACGCUCUUCUCGACGCCCAUGUACCGCGGCUUGGGCUACCGCUGGGCGUCGACGCUGCUGGCGUUCGUCGCACUGCCGCUCGCGGCUGUGCCGUGGAUCUUGCACUUGCACGGCCCGCGCAUCCGUGCGCGCUCAGCGUUCGCAGGUGAGAUUGCGCUCGCUGAGGCCGAGGCGAAGCGCGAGCGCAUCGAGCAGGCCGCUACACAGCGGCUGGAGCCGAAGGCUGAGGCUCAGUCUCAACCAGCGAGAAGCAGCGUACAACAUGAGCGCAUCCCUGGCGCAUAA